CGUGUAAAUCUUUAAAUAUUAGAAUGGCUUUGUUGAAAGUAUCUAAGCUUGUUUAUAUAUAGGCCUACUCGCAACAUACCAGCCAUUGGCUUUGCCUAUUCGCUAACGUGGUCGUCGUCCUUUGUACAGUUAAAUCUAAAGACCGAGCUGAGGCGCUCUGUGGUAGGCAGCUCAGUGGUGGUGAAGUGGGGUCUGGCAUAACAACUGAACGCUUCUAUGGCUGUGUGGAUUACUGUCGCGAAAGGAACGAGAUAAAGUGUUUCUGUCAACAGGAGUUAUAAGUAAAGGACGAUGAACAAUCGGCUACCAACGUUACCGGUACAGAGCCCGGUAAAAAUAGACACUCUCUUCAAUUUCUCUGCGCGGCUUCUCGGGCAGACGGCGGAUGGGGAUCUGUCACGUUUUCGGGGGAAAGUGAUCUUGGUUGUGAACAUAGCAACACAUUGUGAGAGGACGACGGGAGAACUUAGUCAGAUGAACGACUUGGUGAUUAAGUUUGGAAACCGGUUGGCUGUCCUUGCCUUCCCCUGUAACCAGUUUGGACACCAGAUGAGCGUCCGCGAAGACGAAAUCUUACAGACGAUGAAACAUAUCCGGCCAGGCAACGAUUUCAAUCCACACUUCAACCUAUUCGCCCCCGUAGAAGUCAAUGGACACAACGCACACCCUAUCUAUGAGUAUUUGCGGAAAGUCAUCCCCAUUCCCAGCGACGAUCCUCUCAGUCUUGUGGACGAAUGCAAAGACGUCAUCUGGAGUCCGGUCACGCGGUCAGACGUCGCGUGGAACUUUGAGAAGUUUCUUGUCACCCCCGAAGGCAGGCCUUUUAAACGAUAUAGUAAGAAACUGCAGACUGUUAAGAUUACCGAAGACAUUAAGUUGUUGAUGAAGAAGUUUGGCAUCUCUGAAGAGGAUACAGCGGAUUCUCACCCUUACAAUGGAUUACGCUGUUGAGAGAGGGUGAUGAAGGACAGGAGGUUUCUUCUUGAAAACUUAACUUGUGAACGAUGCUGUUUGUGACAGGAACCAAGGAGAGCUCGGAGGAAAGACAGUCUCUCCAUUGAACAAAAGAUUGUCCCUCCAAAAGUUUAUGUUCAAUGCAACCGCCAUGAAAGGAAGAACAUUUUUCAUUCAAGAAUAUAUAACAUGUCAUCCAUUGCAAUUGCACAGCAUGAAGUCUAACAAAACCGAGGACCUUUAGUCUAACGCUCUCCUAACUGGACUAUUUCGGCUGUGUCUCUUACCAACAGAUCAUGACAGACCAUUCACGUCAUGCUCCACACCUGCUUGCAACAGUUGGAGUGUCUGUUUUCCUGGGGGACAAUGAUAUCUGAUGCACUAGGCUUUAGGCAGAGACAGAGACUUUGGGUGUGUCUCACGUUGGAGGCUGCACACUCCACAUCACCAUUAUCUGUACAUACCUGUGAGAAAAAUAAACUAUUCACAUCAUAAUUAUGCAUUCACACAUUUCGUUUCAUUUCAAGUCAGUCGGUCUUCUGAGAAACAUUGUUUAUGAGGACAUUUCUGCAGAGGGCUUGGAGCUGAUCUGUGAUGAGACAGCUGAUGUGAGUGGUGUUGUCUUCACUGAGUUGUCUUCAACGGAGACAUGAUUUCUGAAUGAAAGGAGAUGUCACCAUUGCUUGUUUCAUAUAACAUUGCUUAGAGAGCAAGAGGAUACUCCAUGAAAGACCAAGGGUAUGCAUCAGAGACCAGUGCUUACUGAGACCAUGCUGUCACAACUUGUCCGUUACCGUCAGUUGCACCCCUCCCAACCAUGCUUUACGCUGAAGUGCCUUCACAUUAGAUUUUCCCCAAAACCUGCAUUCUGAGGAGAUACAUCUCAGUCGUUUUCAUCUGAGACGGUACUUCUUUUUGAAAGGAGGCUCUGUCACAACCAACCCAUUUUCGUCCAAGAC